GCUUGACCGCUAUGGUUUAUUUCAUUUGGUAUUUUCGGAAUAUAUGGAAGUUGAAGGCAAGAAGAUAUCUCCCACGAAACUUUGCAAUGAUGGGACUAUACUUUCCUUUUAUAGUCUGGGUAUUUCACCUGUUUUAAAUUUGGGGUGUGAAGACGAUCGAGCGUCUGGUUCAGAAUAUCCUCCUCCUCCUCGUGCUAGUCGUCACGGCAAUGGAGGCUCUGGUAUGCAGAAAAUUGGGUGAUCCGACACUGCCACUGAACUCCGAAGGAAAUGCACCAAUCGCCGUCCAUACCAAUCACCCCAUCCCCCAACUCAAUUCUCCCACUGCCGUUAGAGUUCAGGUAAAAGCUACGAGCUUGAACUAUGCCAACUACCUGCAGAUACUUGGCCAAUACCAGGAGAAGCCUCCUUUUCCUUUCAUCCCUGGCUCCGAUUACUCUGGCGUCGUGGAAUCUAUCGGACCCCGCGUUUCUAAAUUCAGAGUGGGCGAUCGCGUUUGUUCCGUCGCCUCCGUUGGCUCCUUCGCUGAAUUUAUUGUUACUGAUGAGACCCAAUUGCUUAAAGUGCCGGAUGGAUGUGAUCUCAAAGCUGCCGCCGCACUCCCUGUUGCAUUUGGAACAUCGCAUGUGGCCCUCGUUCAUAGAGCUCACCUCACCUGUGGUCAGGUAUUGCUCGUGCUGGGUGCAGCUGGAGGCGUGGGACUAUCAGCUGUGCAGAUUGGAAAGGUUUGUGGCGCCACUGUAAUUGCUGUUGCUAGGGGAGCAGAAAAGGUACAGUUUUUGAAGUCAUUGGGAGUUGAUCAUAUAGUUGAUUUGAGCAAAGGUAAUAUCACAGAUAGUGUGAAAGAGUUCCUGAAGACAAGAAAGCUCAAAGGAGUUGACGUUUUGUAUGAUCCGGUUGGAGGGAAGCUUACUAAAGAAGCCAUGAAGCUUUUAAAUUGGGGCGCCCACAUAUUGGUCAUAGGAUUUGCUAGUGGAGAGGUUCCUGUUAUCCCUGCAAAUAUUGCCCUUGUUAAGAACUGGACAGUGCAUGGACUAUACUGGGGUAGCUACAAAAUACACCGACCCGCUGUACUUGAAGAUUCUGUUAGGGAGCUAUUCAACUGGUUAACAAAAGGCUUGAUUACUAUCCAGAUUUCUCAUUCCUACAGCUUGUCAGAGGCCAACCAUGCCUUCUCCGCUAUUAAAGAUAGGAAAGUUAUCGGAAAGGUGAUCGUGUCUUUUGAUAAUCACAAAACUCUUGGUUCCAAGCUGUAGUCUAAUCAGGAUUCAGCUGGGAUCAGAUGAAGGAAGUUAUGAAUGAAUGCAAGCCCAUCAAUACAUUUACGUUUACAUGGUGCCUUCUCCAGCAGUUUGUAAGAAUAACAUCCUCGAGUUAUUGGCGAGACUUGUAAUAAGUGCUCAUCUGUGAAAAGAAAAUGUUCAGAAAAACUAAAAAUAAUGUUUGGAAGAAAUCAUGAUACCCUGGAUGGGGUUGUAAGCAAAUCAAAGGAUUUAGGAGAUUUGUUCAGUAAUAGCUCCUUUGGACUUGUUUAUUAUAUAAAAUGAGUGAUUCUCAA